GCAUGAAAAUGACCACUUCCACGACAGCGACAAUGAGCGCGCGCGUACACAGAAAAGUGAUAAGGGCCCCCCAUAAACGCGCGCACCCGGGCAAGACGCCGCACUCAGGCAAAAUGCUCCACGCGGGCAAACUGCACCCGGGAAAGAUCAACCCGGGCAAACUCGCCCACCCGGGGAAGCUCGCCCACCCGGGCAAAUUCGCCCACUUAGGCAAAUUCGGGAAACUCGCGCACUAUGCACAGACACACUCUCUGAGGCCGCCCGAGCCUUGCGAGAACAGUAACGACAGCGGCCUCGGGCCUGACCCAGUCAACAGAUCAACAGAAACUUUGGAGGAUUGGGACCACCCGGAUUCCAAACGACGCCGGGGCCAGAGCGAGUCAGGGGUUAAGGUUGAGUGCGACGAUGCGAACGACGCGUACGCGUUCGCGCCGCCCGCGCAUGCGCCUCCGACCGCGACCGCGACCGCGCCCGCGACCGCGCCCGCGACAGCGCCCGCGCUCGCGCCGCUCGACGCGCCGGACCAGCUAGCGCCCGCUCCCAUUCUCCCGGCUCCUGUAAUAAGAGCAGGCUGCAGCAUAUCUAGUCCAAACGUAACAGAAACACCGGGUAAACGGUUUCAAGAUCCGUAUAGAUCUUGCGGAAAGCUUGGUGGGGGAAAGUUGGCGAACAAGUACGCCGGCGGUGGGAAACUGUCCGGCGCGGGGGGUAAACUAGGGGGGAAAUUGGCGGGCAAGCUGGGGGGGAAAUACGGGGGCAAGCUGGCGCAGGCUCUGGCCAGGCGGCGGCUGGCGGCCAUGUCGCACUCGGGCCCGCCGGGGCUGGCCGCGCCGCUCACCAGCCGCUCCAGGGAUGGACAGGUGGAGCUACAGAUUCUGUGCCAGCCGGAGACGCAGCACAGAGCGAGAUAUCAGACUGAAGGCAGCCGAGGCGCUGUCAAAGACAACUCCGGGAAUGGUUUCCCAAUAGUCAAAUUAGUAGGAUACGAUAAACCAGCAGUUUUACAGGUGUUCAUAGGAACUGACACGGGCCGCGUAGCACCGCACAUGUUCUACCAGGCUUGCCGCGUGUCGGGCAAGAACUCCACGCCCUGCAAGGAGCGUAAGGAGGACGGCACCGUCGUCAUCGAGAUCGACCUGGAGCCCACGAAGAACUGGCAGGUCACCUGCGACUGCGUGGGCAUACUCAAGGAACGGAAUGUGGACGUGGAGCAUCGGUUCGGCGAGUCGCUAGGAGGGGGAGCGCACGUGUCUCGAGGGAAGAAGAAGUCCACUCGUUGCCGCAUGGUGUUCCGCACCGAAAUCGUGUCGGCGGCCGGCCAGCGGGAGACGCUGCAGGUCUGCUCCACGCAAAUCAUCUGCACUCAACCGCCAGGGGUACCAGAAGUGUGCCGCAAGUCCCUGGUCUCUUGUCCAGCGAACGGAGGCUUGGAACUCUACCUGUUAGGGAAGAACUUUCUCAAAGAGACGCGCGUGGUCUUCAGCCAGAAGCAGGAAGGCCGCAGCGUGUGGGAGGAAGAGGUGGUACCUGACAAAGAGUUCUUGCAACAGACGCAUCUAGUAUGCUGCGUGCCGCCAUACGCUCGCCAGGACAUCGCUGAGGCGGUAAUGGUGCAGCUAUUCGUGCGGUCAGGCGGCAAGGCGUCCGAGUCACACGCCUUCUACUACACCCCUCGCACCGCCGGCCCGAUCCACUGCACACGUCACGCACAAGGUGAGGAGAGGGAACGCGAACGCCCCCUAGUGGGUUGGGGAGGAAUGAUGCCCCCUCCGUCGUUACCCGUCCGCCGACCUUCGUUGCUGAUGCCCGAUCAUGAGCCCGUGGGGCUCAAGAGCGAGGUGGCGGACGAGUCGAGCCAGCACUCGCUGGAGCACGGCGAGUCGUCGUGCGGGCCGGACGGGCCCGAGCCGGCCGCGGGCCAGAUGCUCGCCGACGACCUCAAGGUCGUGGACCUCCGGCUGAAGUCCGAGACCAUCGCCAGGGACCCCCAGACUCAGGUGAGCUACGGCUACGACGCCAUAAAGAUGUCGCCGACUACGCCCGGGCAGAGCGAGCCGCCGUCGCCGCUGGCGUCGUUCACGCAGCAGCUGCAGGCCAUCCAGAACCAGGUGCAGACGGACAAGAUGGUGGAGACGGUGACCGCCGCGAUAUUCAACUCGGACGACAACGCGGGCCAGAUCUACCCGCCGAUGAUGCAGGCGAUGGACCCGAUGCGGCAGCUGAUCUCGGCGAAGACGCAGAUCGACAUCCAGCCCGAUAUGAAGGUGUUGAACCCAGAGUUGAUGAUCACGGACACGUCGAUGCAGGCAACCGUGAUGCCGUCCGAGCAGCGCAUGAUGGUUUACAACACGGCGCGCCCGGACGAGACCUUCAACCCUUUCGGCGCCAUGACCAAGAUGGAGAUGGAGUCGAAUCAGAUCGAGAGGCGGCUGGCGCGGCAAAGCGCGCACAUGGAAGCAUUGGUAGAAGACGCCAUGAAGGCGACGGCGGCGAUGUUGCCCGCGGACGCUGCCAAACUGGACGAGCUGGUGAACUCGCGCGUGGACGACCUGUCGGGCAGCUCGCCCGCCAGCCGCAGCCCCGCCGCGCCGCCGCUCGCCGCCGCCAUCCCGCCCGACGUCAUCCUCGACCCGCAGGUGUCGCCGAGCAUGCUGUGCGACAACAAUCAGCGCAUGGGUCUUCCCGCGACGACGUCGCAGGAGGAGUUGAUGAUGCUGCCAGAACAGGUGCAGCUGACAUCGGUGAAGACGCCGCCCGCGGCCGUCAAGUCCAUGAUCCUGAACGCAGCGGCUGAAAUCCUGACGUCAGACACCACCAUGAAUGCACUCGUCACGUCCGCCAUCAACACGGCGAAUAUUCUCACGACGGGGACUGAGAACGCGGCUGGCGGCGUCAUGCAGACAACAGACGCGCAGCCCCCCGCGGAGCAGCCGGGCGAGACUCCGCUCGUGGCCAUGUCUCAGGCAGUCUCACAGGCCGUGACGCAGGCGGUCUCGCAGGCCGUCUCGCAGGCUGUCUCGCAGGCUGUCUCCCAGGAGAUGACCGCGCCUGUACAGGGGCUCACCGAUAUGAGCGAUCAGGAUCUCCUACAGUAUAUCAACCCCAGCACGUUUGAUACCGUGUGAGCGCCGCCUGCCCGGGUCGCUUAGUGCUAAAGACUAUGCCUAGUAGAAGCAUUUCAGUGCGGUGUUGUGGGCUCAAAGCAGAUUUUAUGUGAAUUUUUAAUGGAUGUUACUGCCUGUUAUAGACUUAUGGAACUGUAGAACGUAUAAUCUCUGUUAGAUGAGUGAUUAUUCAGUUGUAUGUCUAUGAAUUUGUUUUAUGAUUCUCAUACAUAUAAAGUGUUUGUAUUAAGUAACGUAGAGACGUCAAUUAUUUCAUGAUGUGAGUCAGUAUUACAGGGCUAAAUUUACGCAUCUCGCACGGGGUUGCUACUGCGACCGUUAAUAUCAAUGUUUACGACAUUCUUUUGAAAAGUAUUUCAACCCUGUGCAAAGAAAUAGAGGAAUGUAUUUUCGAAAAAUAUUAUCUUACGAACUCUUUUUUUAUUUACAAAAAAUAUGGAGACGUGUAUAAUCGUAAUAUUCUAUAUUUCGAAUUGUAUCUUGUAAAUAGAUAGCUUUGUAUUUAUGUUGUUUAGUGUUAGUGGUAAGAGGCAGUGGCUGCGAUGGGUGGACAGAUGGUAUCCAUAACUUGUAUUUAUUCUUAUUUCUCUCCUAUCCUUUUUAUAAUUUCUUGCACAAAUAUUAUAAAAAAAUAUCAAACGGUGCUAACUGAUAACUUGUCACGUGCGUGCAAUUUUAUAUUUUUUCCUAAUAUUUCUAUACUUCUCUGUUCUUUCCUAAGUUUUUCGCCAGGGUCUAAUUUAUUAUUGUUCGAACCUGCCGAAGCCACUGGUACUAUUAGACAAACUUCUAUUGCAACUCACAAGCAUAAAGAUGAGUCUCAUAUUUAUAGUCUUCAUUUCGUGGCCAUAGACACUUCAGAGCGAUACAGUCGUAAGCACAUCAACUUUCCAAAAAUUUACACUUUUCAAUUGAUUUUGAACCUUGAUGCUAUAGCAUAACGUUCAAAACCCAAUGCGCAAGUUGAUUUGCUAACGAACGUACAGUCAGCCGCAUUAAUAACUUCAAUUAAGUCUACUAUCACGUUUUUACGAAAUAUUAAUGAUAAUUAUCAUUUGAAUUGUAUAAACGACUGAUUUAUAACGUGAGUUGCAAAAGUCAAUUUGUUCGUUGUAUAAUAUGAUUGUGAUAUAUAAAAUAUUAUUACUGUUCGCAUAGUAGCUAAUUUUAUAUGUUUAAGAAAAACUGUACUGAUGUGAUGUUAGAGCAAAGAUUUCUAAAAAAGUAUGUUAAACGUUAUUAUAAUGAAGUUCAUUUUUUAUAGGAAAAAAUCGAAUGCUACAUAUUUAAAUGUGCCAUUUACUACGUAUAAUCCUAGAAUAGAUGUUAUGUCAAAUCAUAUCGUACAAGGUAUCACGGACAUAUGAUUUUUGGCCGACAUCCGACCGGCAAAUGCGUGCCUUGAAAGUACUAUCCCCGACCACAAUUAUCUAUUAAAUAUACAGUAUUUAAAUCAGGGACCACAUUGAACGAAACAUUUGUAAUAACUUCUUCAUUAAUAGGAACAAGCCAAAUACAUGCCUACUGGUGAAUUAUUAGCAUGUAACGGUCUACUGACCAAUGACGAAUGAUCUUAGUAAAGAUAAAUACAAUUCGGCGAUGUCUAAAGGUACAGUCAGGCACGUAUUAUGGAACGACACUCAAUACUCGAUUCAAACUAGCCUAAAUUCAAGCCUGUAAUUUAAUUUCUACCAACCACAGGCUUCAAUCCUACAUUUUGAGUCGUUCCAUAAUACGGCCCUAAAAGCGUAGAUUACUUUUCGAUAUUUAUUAUUUAUUUAUUCGAAUCCAUUUGCUAGUGCAUUUUACUAUUAUUUAAUAAUUAUUUUUAGUUACAUUAUGUAUCCAACUGUACCGCUAGACGUAUUAGCGCAUCUUCGAUGUAGUUGAACCAUGUUUCAAAUAAACGAAUUUAGAUAUGUUACAAAAACAUACAUCACAAUAUAGUAAGUUAGUCUUCCUCGCAUAAUAUAGAACAUGAUUAUCUUGAAAAAAAUUACUGCCUGGCGACUGGUGUGUAUUAAAAAUUUAUUUUUGUAAAACAACAUGAUUUUUAUUAUAAUAGUUUUUAAACAACUUUUAGUUAUACAAAGAAUAGAUUUUAUUGAAUUUGUAUUUAUACGAAUAUACAUUUUGAUAUGUUUACGCUGUAGUCUUCAGAAUAAUAUAUUUUGAUAAUUUUGUUUAGAAUUUUGAUAAAAAUAUUUAAAAGAGACCAUAGAAUAGCAUUAUAUUUGUAUGAUGUAAAUAAAUGAGGUUAUAGUGCGACAAUGUAAAUUUUUGUUGAAAUUUAACUUUAUUUUAUCUGUGGAACCGCACAAUGACUUUGGAAUAGUUAAGUUGAAUCAUUUACCGUCCAUUAGAAAUUACCAAAUUGUUUGCGACCUCUCAUUUGUAUAAAAUAUUUCAUUGUGAAGACAAUGUGAACAUAGCUAAAUCAAUUCGAAGAAAUAAACAAAAAUGUAUUGAUAUUCUUUAAUCAGGUCAAGUUAUAAAUAUGAAUGUUUUGGUCCUUAAGACAAUGCAACAAGGUCCAAUCUACCACUGCCCGUUUUAAGGAAAUAUCAUAGACAAUGUACAGUACACACAUAAAAUAUCAUAAUGUAUAACAACGUGCCAGUAAUCAUUCCUUUUAUUAUUUAUUUUCAUGGAAUUGUGCAAGGUAAAACUAAAUUGACUCUCCAAGUGAUAGUUACUUGUGUUUUAUAUUUAGACGCGAGAGGAGCCAUCGGCUGAAGACAUCAUUUACAUGGUGUGUCGUGUCUUUACUAUUUCGCCAACUUUAUCUUUACUAUGACUGAACAUAGCAUGUCAAAAAGCCUAUGUUUAUUGCAAAAAGGCUACUAAUAUACAUACAACGAGUGUAAUUUUAUUAAAUGUAGUGUAUACUUGUAAGUGUAUUUAUGACCUUUUGAAAAUAACUUACAAAAUCGUGUGUAAUAUUCCCGACACUAUUUAGUGGGCUCUUUAUGCUGCCGGCUGUACAAUGAGGAUGUAUUGUGUAUGGUGUAUGAGGACAUUUGUAUGUACUAUUGUAUAGAUCUCUAGUCGAUCUAAAUCAUUCAAUGCAACUUGCCGAGAGGUUAUAAUGAAGAUUAUGUAUGUUAUUUGUUUUAAUGUAAGUAAUUAAUUAAAUGUUAUGAAAAA